UUUAUCUGUAGGAGUGUGCACUGUACAGUCCAUUUUCCAAUUUGACUCAUUUACUAAUUUUGUUCCUUCUUUCUGCUUCUGCUUGAUUUCUAUGGUUGUCUCAAAGUAACGACCGAUUUGACAGUAAGUUCAGAGGAGGGUGAAGGACCAAAGGAACCAUGACUGGCUAUCUGUUCUUCAACGAUCAACUAUCAAAGCGUACGUCGAUUUUCGGUCUCCGUUUGUGGGUUGUGCUUGGUAUAUGCGUAGGAGCAGCCAUCGUUCUCAUACUUUUCCUUAUAUCUCUCUGGUUCACGUCCAGACGCAAGAGCUCUUCUCCUUCUCCCGCUUCCAAGUCAGUUAAGAAGGCCUCUCAGAAUCCCACCAUCCCAAACAUCUCUAAAGAAAUCCAAGAAGUUCGAGUCGACCCUUCCCGGAAACCAGCUCACCCCCACCCGGACCCCAACACUAAUGCCUACCACCACGCUUCUAACCCCGACCCAUUGCCGGAAUCGGAGCCGUUAUGCAGAGCUCAACCCCUGCUUAUUCAGCAAGAGGAAGAGAGCCUGGUGGGUGGCCGGAACAGAAUUCACAUAGAAAUCGGGAAAGAUCACCGGAUUUCGUACCCGGAGCGGGGUGGAGGGUCUUCUCAUUGCAGUGGAGAGGCUCGGUCCGGCGACCAGGCGAUGAUUGUGGCCCCGGAGGUCUCGCAUUUGGGCUGGGGGCACUGGUACACGCUCAGAGAGCUUGAAGUCUCCACCAAUGGGUUUGCUGACGAGAAUGUGAUUGGUGAGGGUGGGUAUGGGAUUGUGUACCGGGGUGUGUUGGAGGAUAAUAACAUGGUUGCUGUCAAGAAUUUGCUCAAUAACAGGGGACAAGCUGAGAAGGAGUUCAAGGUUGAAGUUGAAGCAAUUGGACGUGUUCGGCAUAAGAAUUUAGUGAGGUUGCUCGGUUAUUGUGCUGAAGGAGCUCAUAGGAUGCUUGUCUAUGAGUAUGUUGACAAUGGAAACCUAGAACAAUGGAUUCAUGGGGAUGUUGGGCCUUGCAGCCCUCUUACUUGGGAGGUUCGAAUGAAUAUAAUACUUGGAACUGCAAAAGGGUUGACAUACCUGCACGAGGGCCUGGAACCAAAGGUAGUUCACCGUGAUAUAAAGUCGAGCAAUAUUUUGCUUGAUAAGCAGUGGAAUCCAAAGGUGUCUGACUUUGGCCUAGCAAAGCUCUUGGGCUCAGAAAUGAGUUAUGUGACGACUCGUGUGAUGGGAACAUUUGGAUAUGUGGCUCCAGAAUAUGCCAGUACUGGCAUGUUGAAUGAAAGAAGUGAUGUAUAUAGUUUUGGUAUUCUUCUUAUGGAGAUAAUCUCAGGAAGAAACCCAGUAGAUUAUAGCCGCCCUGCUGGAGAGGUCAACCUAGUUGAGUGGAUUAAAACUAUGGUUACGAAUCGAAAUACUGAGGGGGUUUUGGAUCCUAGAUUACCAGAGAAACCUUCAUCAAGGGCACUGAAGCGAGCUCUGUUAGUAGCUUUGCGCUGUGUGGAUCCAAAUGCUCAAAAGAGGCCAAAGAUGGGGCAUGUGAUACAUAUGCUCGAAGCUGACGAGUUCCCCUUCCGCGAUGACCGUAGAGCUGGACGGGUUCAGCAUGAUGGUAUUAUGAGGGACACGUUGAUGGAGAAGCAAGUAAAUGAAUCUGGUGACAGUAGUGGAUAUGAAAGUGGUGCUCAAAUCAAUAGAUCUUCGUGGAGAAAGCAGGGACCCGAAGAGCAAUAGCUUCUCCCUAAUAAUGUAAAAGGUGAAAUGACAUACCUUUUCUUUUUCUUUGCCUCUUUAUUUCCUUCCAGAACUGGAUUGUGCAGUAUCAUUUACUUUGCCAGCAUGUCAUUCGUCUAAUAUGAAUUUAGUUUGUAGAUUCCAUAUCAUAUUGUACCAUACACUUUAUACCUAUUGAAUUAAUUAGUGUCUGAAACACAAUUUGUCCUGAUGCCAUCCGA